GGGAUAUCUGUCAAAUGUCAUAACUGUAAUAAGCCCCGUAAUAAAUCCGUAAUCCGCGAGCUUGUCGAAUGGAAAACGCGAACGGGAAAGUUCGUUUGUUCCGCCCGUCAACAAUUUGAUAGAUCACCCAGCGAAAUAACUCGGAAACGGUCCGUCCAUUCGGAAAAUGAUCCAGUAGCGUUUAAACAGAGAGUUGUCUCGCGACGAGAGCAGGAGAAGAGAAGAGAUGGCCUCGACGUCCGGUUGCGACCCGAAAGUGUUGAUGGCGAAAGGCAAACGGGCAGCGGCCGCCUAUUUGCAGGCCGAUUGUUCGAACGAGCGCCGUCCCCGGCGUCUCGACGAGGUCCUCGACGUUCUGUUGAAUCCGCACAAAUGCAUCGACGAAUGGGAUACGAUCGAUUGGUGUAAAUGGCUGAUGGCCGGGGGCCGAACGCCCGACGAAUUCGCCACUACAGUCCGCGCCUACGACAAUGCAACCACCUGCGGCCUAGUGUGGACUCCGAACUUUGUGGCCUACAGAUGCAGGACGUGCGGCAUAUCGCCCUGCAUGUCCCUAUGCACGGAGUGCUUCAAAAAGGGCAAUCACGCCCGACACGAUUUCAACAUGUUUCUGAGCCAAGCGGGGGGCGCCUGCGACUGCGGCGACGCCUCCGUCAUGAAGGAGACCGGUUUCUGCGAACGCCACGGUCCGAACAAACGAUCGACGAAAGGCGCCGCCCCGACCGAUCUGAUGUGCGUGGCCGAAGCGAUGAUGCCCCGGAUCAUACUGAGGCUGAUCCAGCACCUGCGCGAGAACAGCAGGACGUUCGAGAACUACAAGGGCGCCAUACAAGACGCCGACGCCUUCAUCACCAUGCUGUUGGACUUCAAUAACAUGGGCGGGCUGAUGCGGAAGGUCAUCACGUCGGCGCUCACCAAUCCCCAGAAAUAUCGAGUGUUGAACGAAGUGCCGGAGAAUCCGACCACGGAAUACGAAUCGUACCAGGUGGAGUCGCGCAGGCGCUACGAGGAGGCGUUGCAGUCUUUACCGAAUCCCGAACCGAUCGAAGGAAAUUGUCCCUCGUUGCAGCACGCCCUCGUGCACAAAACCUUCCUCGAGGAAUUGGUGUUUUGGACGGUCAAGUUCGAAUUUCCCCAGAAGAUCGUCUGUUUGCUGUUGAACAUGCUGCCCGAUCCCGAUUACAAGGAGGCUUUAACUAGGGCUGUGGUGUUGCAUUACAGUCGCAUAUCGAUGAUGUUGGAGCGUUCGAGCGAUCCCGAUACGUUGAGUAAUAGAGUGGUGCACGUCAGCGUACAGCUAUUCUCCAAUCAGAGUUUGGCUUUGAAAAUGACGGAGCAAUUGGGUUUGUUGCACGUCAUGGUCGUCAGUUUGAAAUACAUGAUGAGCGAAAUAUUGAUUAGGAAUACCUUACACGAUGUUAAAGAGAACUUUCAUUAUGUGGUGGAUUGCGCCAAGCCGGUGAUGAAAGAUCAUUGUUAUUGGCCGUUGGUGUCCGAUUUGAAGAACGUUCUAUCGCACAGACCGGUCGCUUUGAAAUUCAUGUCCGACGACGGUUUGUUGGAGAUGUGGUUUGCGUUUCUAUCGAUGUUUCAAGGCAUGAACGUGAACCAACGAGAACUCAAUCAACACAUCGAAUUCGAACCGAACACAUACUAUGCAGCUUUCAGCGCUGAAUUAGAAGCCAGCGCUUACCCGAUGUGGGCGCUCAUCUCCCAUUUGACCGAUCCAUCUACGGCUCAUUUAUCGAAGAGGGUCCUGGACGCCUGUUUGAGCGAACUCAGAGAUUGGUUUCAGGCCAUUUCCUAUUUGAGCACUAUGGUGACUGACAGUCUUCAAGUAUCCUUUCAUCUGCCUUUGCAUCGAUAUCUCGCUGUGUUUCUUAGUCAAGCAGUGGCCGUUCAAGGGGUAACCGUUAACGAAGUAUUGGGUUAUCACGAUUUCAUGUUGGAUUUGCUGAUGAUGCAUCCGUUACGUGUACAGGUAGCUUUUUAUGAAAUUUUGAACGGGCUUUGGUUGAGGAACGGCCUGCAAAUCAAAGGCCAAGCCAUGACUUACAUACAAUGUAAUUUUUGCAAUUCGAUGGUCGACGCGGAUCUCUAUUUACUUCAGAUUUGUUGUACGCGUUUACAAUCCGAUUAUUUCCUUAAAAUCGUUAUAGAAAAAUUUCACAUAAAAGAAUGGUUGAGCCUGACGAAUUUCCAAGGCGUUUUGAACGCCGAACGGGAAUUGGACACGCCGAUGCUGGAGAGUUUUCUCACCUUUCUAACGACUCUCGUCAGCGUCCGCACGAAUUUGGGAUUGUCCGAAACGUCCUUGAACCGCCUCGAAAUGGUCACGUUGCUGUGCAUGGGCGACAAAACCCAUUCGCAAUUGAUGGAACUGAUGCCGGAGCGUUGCGGCAUGUCCGAAUCGCGCGACUUCGAAUCGCUGUUGGCCGAAGUGGCCUUUUACAGGGCGCCCGCCUUGGAGGCCAGCGGCAACAUGCAACAGGGCAUGUACGUACCGAAACCGGAGAUUUGGGAGAAACAAUACGAUCCCAUUCACGUGCUGUUGCGCGCCGUACACCGCAGGGAUUUCCAAACGUCCAUGGAUCGCUAUACGGAAUACGCCCGACACGCCAAUAAGCUGAAACCCGGGUGCAGUUUGUGGCCCCCUUUCAGGACGCCCACCGACGUAUCGGCGUCCUACGAAGAUCCUCGAUUGAUAUUGAAAUCGCGCAUAUUCCACGCCGCAGCUCUCAUAAUUCUAUUCAAGGCGACCAAAGGAUACGUUUCGGAGCACGUGAUGGCUCUCGUGGUGUUUCUGCUCGAACAGGCCGUUCUAAUAGCGGCCAAAGACGACAAUAAACAAGAUUCUAAGAUGUGUUGGACGACGCCGCCGUCUCUACACCAAUUCCACGAUCUGCAUUUCUCCAAUUGGUACGCGGGCGAUUCGGUGUUCGAUAAUUUGCGAACCGUUAUAGGACAAGUAGUGAUCGAACCGGUACCGGACAUAUCGCGAGUAACUUAUAGUUCCGAUAGCGAAGUCGAAUGGGACAGCGCCGAAUUGGGCGACAUGGAGGACGCCAGCGACAACGACGCCAUGCUGAUGUUGGACGAGGCGUCGGCCGGCCAGCCGCCGUCCGACAGCCGCGAGGUGGUGAUCUUUCGACCGCAGCCGCAGGCCGCCGACGAGCCGGAAUCGCCGCCGCCGGUCGUCGAGACGCCGCCGCCCGUCGGCGUCGCGAGGAACGUGUUCGCGUUACCCUCGUCGACGUCGACGUCGACGGCGGUGCCCAUGGAGGUGGACAGGAUCAUGAGCUUGGCCAUACCGGAUUCCGGUUUGGGUUCCGUAACGGAAAUAUCGACUCCUAGUCCGUCUGAUACGCCGCCUGCAUUGCCUUCGCCCGCCGUCAGGCCAGCUAUAACGGCGGGUAACGAAUUGGGCAGGGCCGUUAGGCGGAUGAAAGCGGCUUCGUCGUCGUUGGCGAGUUCCAGCAGAGAAUUGGUUCCGACGACGUCGAGGAAAACUCGAUCGGCGAUGCCUAUUAAGGGAGCCAGUUUUCCUCCCACGUUCAAAUUGAACGAAAGCUUGAUAUCGUUGUUGUUGAGAUUGCACUCUUAUUUGUCCGGCGUACCUGAUAGUUAUAGUCCCGAAGAGGAUGACGAGGAGAGCUGUUCGACCAAGCCCGAAGGCGCCGAAGAUGAAGAACCGUCGAUCGGCGACGGCGUAUUUUACAUCGGCAGAUUGCUCAGGAGAAUAUCGAGUUUGGACGAGAAUUGCAAACGGCACAUACAAGACGCCCGUUUGAAGUUGUGGCCGUCGAAGGAGGAACGCGAAGAGGCGAAAAAACAGAGGGAGAACAGGGAGAGGGAGGAGCGCCGGCGCAGGGCCAAAGAACGCCAGCAGAAAUUGAUGCAGGAAUUCGCCAAUAAACAGAAGCAGUUUAUGGAGAAGGCGAUGGAAUGCGACGAAACGGGCGUGGAAGACGACGACGACGACGAUGCCGAAGAAGAGGAGAAGAUAUCCAAACAGCAGGAGUACGAUUGCGUGAUUUGUAAUCAGAGUUCGCCGAGCACCGAAGAACAUCCCAUGGGUUUGGUCGUGUUAAUACAAGCGACGAGCAUCAUCGGUCAUAUGCGGAGAAACGAGCAACCCGAAAGGACCGUUUUGCCGACGUGCGAGGACGAAAGCGAAUCGUUGAGGAAAGGCGAUACUUUGGCGGCCGAAUACGAUAGGAAAAUCGAUGAAUUGGAUAGGCAUUUUGAUCCUCAAUCGUGGUUUUUAUCGGUGAAUACCGGUUGGGACGGGGGCGUGCACGUUCAAACUUGCGGUCAUCAUCUCCAUUUGGACUGUUUGAAUUCGUAUUUGUCUUCGUUGCGUACGCAACAAAGGCAAUUGACUCUUUCGCCCGAAAAUGGAGAAUAUCUGUGUCCGUUGUGUAGACAAUUGGCCAAUUCGUUUUUGCCGUUGUCGUCUCAAUUGGGCGACAAAACUCAAAUGGUGCGGUCGCGACCCAACGAAAAUAUGCAUCAGAUUUUAGAGGAGCUUAGUAAUUUUUUGAGAGAAAACGACAAGAAGCCAAAUACGAUGAAAAUGGCCGAGGCCAUCGGUAAAGCGAUGGAGGACAUGUCGAAUAGCGCCCGAGUGAAAACGAGAUUUAAAUUGAAAACUGAAAAAACCGUCAUAUUACAGAGCCUGUUGUUGUUCGUCACGUCCAUAGCUCGGACCAAUUUGGAAAUCGAAUUGAUCCAACGUGGCGGUUCGUUGAUCCAAUAUCCCAACAGUUCGAAUUUGUUACCAAAAAGAGAUUGUAUAGUACCGUUACUUCACGUUUUGGCCGUGCACGCCCGCGUCGCCCGCGUCCUCGCCAUGUGGCCGGCCUGGAUGAGUUUCCAACAAUUGUGCGGCGUCCCCGCCAAAUCGCUCCCCUCGAAUUCGCUGGUCGUUUGCGAACGCGAAGUGCCCCUCUUGCUCAGAGAUCCCGUCGCUUUGCUCUUGCAGUACGUGCUGUUGUUGCCGUUGCCGCUCGAUCAAACGUAUUUUACGACGACCGUACAAGUCGUCUACAAUCUGCUCUACUACCAAGUGGUAGUUCAAGUGUCCUGCGGUUUGACGAGCGCCGAAAGAAGCACGGCAUCGUCGGGAGCCGAUCCAGAGCACGUUAAGAAUCUCACGGACGCUAUUCGUUUGAUCAACGAGUGUUUGGAGAAGACCGAUUUGUACAUGGAGAACGAUUGCCAGACCGACAAAGAGGUUAAAGUCAAUUUGAUUGGAUUAGAGAUGCAGGUGCAAAAAUUGUGUUUGCCGUUCCUGCGCGUCGCCGCCCUGCUGAAGCACCACCUCUACCAGCAACCGUUGCCCGACAUCUUCGAGCCCAACAACGAAUUCGUGCGAUUGGUGUACUAUCUGGAGCUGGUCACCGAGCCGAUGGAUUGGGGUUGGUUCAACGCUUCGGUGGCGCUGACGUGGCCGCGUCGCGACGGCGAUUCGGCGACGGCGCUGGAGACGGCGACGCCGCGCGCUUGGUGCGACCAAUUGGCCGCCUUCGUCGGCGCCAGCCAAUUGGCGGCGAAGAGUUUCUUGGCCGAGCAGCACGUGCUGUGGUAUCCGCCGAGGUUGUUGCACCUGCCCAGGGAAUACGAGAAGAUAUUUACGUACUAUCACGAGCGACCGUGUCGACAGUGCCAAUCGGUGGCGCAAGAGACGAGCAUCUGUUUGUUGUGCGGCACGAUCGUGUGCUUGAAGCAGAAUUGUUGUAAGCAACAGAACGUGUGCGAGGCUGUUGCGCAUGCCGCAGAAUGCGGUGCCGGUACCGGGAUUUUUCUAGUCGUUACUUCCACGUAUAUUAUAGUGAUUAGGGGCCACAGGGCAUGUCUGUGGGGCUCCUUGUAUUUGGACGAUUUCGAAGAGGAGGAUAGAGAUUUAAAACGUGGCAAACCCUUGUAUUUGAGUCAAGCAAGGUAUCAAUUGUUGGAGCAACAAUGGCUGGCGCAUCGAUUCGAUCAUACGGAGAAAACGUGGGUGCCUCAUCGGAACGCCCUGUAGAUUAAAUAUUUUCCGAAAAACAAAAAUCGUAUUCUCUUUUGCGUUUUUAUUGCUCUGUAAAUAUAUUUUUAAAGUGCGAGAAAUCGUAAUUUUUAUUUGUAAUUAGGCACGCGAAUGCGCGGCGAAUAAAUUAAUUAAAAUGCUGAUGAAAUGUGGACACAUACAUGUUUUGUGUUAUUUAAUUUAAUUUAUCUCCUAAACGAUGGGAAUAAAUACAAAGUAAAUCCUACAAAUUUCACCGUCUUACUUUAGAAAGCGUCGAAGUGGAAUUGGCCUGUUUGUUACCCGACAACACCACGUAAGCCGAUUGCGUUUCCUUCUGCUUCGCCUGCAACAUGUUCAAUGUACCCAAAGGCGUAUCGGUAGAGCUCAUUUUCUUCAUCAGUUGCUCCUGCGCGCUCUUCUGAAUCCGUUUCUCCACCUUGUUCUUGCCGGGACCCUUGCCGUGGAAUUUGUGCGACAGAUAUCUGAAAGCCUCCUUAGAAUUGAGAACGUGUCCAUCGUCGUCGAUAUACUCCAAUUUAACGUUCGGCUUGAACGCGUCCUUUUCUUUGAAUUCCGUUAUCGGUCCCGAAUACCGUUCCCUUCUGCCUCCCUGUCGCUCGCCGCCCUCGUCCCCGUACGAUUUAUCUUCGAUGGAAUAAUUUUUCGCUUGCAAAUGAGCCAAACGCGAAUUCGACGGUCUCUUGUCCUGCUCCUUGUCCAAGUAACCCUUGGACAUGGCCAACUUGAGGGCGGCGCCGACGCCCGUCCCGACGUCCGGCUCCUCGUCGAGAAUCUGGGCCUCCUGAUGACCUAUUUGCGACGAGGUCAAUCCCUGAUUAGCUUCGACGGAAUUCCAACCUGCGGUUUCUUCGAUAAAUUCCACGUCUUCGUCGCUAUCGCUUUUCGAACGUUCAUCCUGGUAAUCCAUAUUCUCGUCGUUUUCAUCUCUAUUACCGGAUUUUCCGUAUGUCGGGAUGUCUCCUAAAGUUCGGCAAAAUUCCGCGGUCGAAUUUAACACGAUAUUUGCACCAUCCGCAUCCUCUUCGGCUUCUUCUUUCACCUCCAUUUUGACGAUAUCGGCCAAAACGUUCUCCUUUUGUCUGAUUUUCCUCGCCUUGUGCAGCGCCCUCUCGAGCAAAUCGUCCUUUUCAUCUUCGAUUUUGACGUCACUCAUGUCAAUAUCGACCGAUGGAACGUCAUCGAUGUCGAUGUCGAUUUUGUUACCGGGCCUUCUAGAUUCCGAACCACCGGAAUCGUCUUGUUUGGAAUCGUUUAGAUCUUGUAGUUUUCCUUUGGUGCGGAUUUUCUUGAUUUUUCUUUUGGGUUUCUUGAAUUUGGCCAUUUCUUCUUCGUUGUAGUAGUCGGAGGCUAACUUCAGAUUGGAUUCCGAGGCGCUUUCUAGGCGUUUUUUGGCCAGUUUGGCUUUGAUUUGGCGCAUCGAAGCUUCUUUACGUUCCUGGGCGUUAUCGUAACCGAUUUUAAACGACUCUCUUUUCUCUCCUCCAAUCUCCUCGUCGUAUUUCCCCAACAAACUUUUUCCACGGUAAUUUCCAUCAUCAUCAAACUCCUCGUCUUCGUACGGAUUAUAAAUCGCCUUCUUCUUCUUAUUUUCUAUGUUUUUCCUAUACUUUUCCUCGUCGAUCAUAUUCACAUUCACCAAUACGUCGUCUCCAUCUUCGUCCAAAAUGGCCUUGUCCUUUAGGGUUAAUAUGACGGUUUUUUCUUCAUCGAAACUAUCGAGAUCGUGCUGGAUGGUGAGUCCUUUUAGAUCUUUUUCCGUAUAUUUUUUAGGCGUUUUCACGCGAUUUUCCUCCAAUUGCGCGUCCAAUUCCUCCAACAUCCUCUCCCUUUUCUGGGCUUCCAGCUUUUCUUCGGCCUUUUUCCUCGAUUUAUCCACCCAAGCGGUUAGAUCUUCUUCAUCGUCGGACUCUCCGAGAGUCUUAACUGCCGAUAAUUUAUGAGAUAAUCGGCGUUUUUCGCGCAUCUCCUGCAAUUUCGUGCGCACUUUCUCCUGCUGCGUUUUCUCGUUGAUGUUCUGGGCCGGCUUGUGGUAAAAUUCGCCCCAUUCGUCCUUUUUCAUAUCGUCUUUGGAGCUCGUGUGGCCUUGAUCUAGCGGCUUUAAGCCCAACUUGGCCCUGAGUUUGUUUGUUUCGUCUAUCGAAAGGGAAUCCUGGUGAUUGGAUUGGUUCUCCUGGGCUUUGUCUUGAGGAGAAAUCGGCGCAGGUGGGGAUGAAGUAGGGGGAUCGUCGAUGAUUUCCACGACAUCGGAAUCUUCGCUUUCGUAUUGUCUCGAUGAUUUUUCAUCAUCGUACUUGGUCGGUUUAUUGUCCCUUUUCCUGUCUUUGUGAUCUUUGUGGUGGUGAUGAUGGUGCUUCUUGUGCUUGUGCCUCUUUUCCUUGGGGGAAUCUUGGGGAUUUUCUUCAAAUCGACGCUUUCUCGACUCUUUUUCCUUGCCUUUCUUGCUACUAGAACCCAUACUGAACUGUAUGAACUUAUUUAGUAUACCUGGCUGUGUUUCGUCAUCGAAGUAUGGAGAUUUAAACGUUUAUUCAACGAACACCAAACAAGAGUCAAGAAUAGGUUAUUUUCUAACUGAC